AUGGCGAGCUCAGGGUACGGUCUCCUCGUGGUGCAAGGGGUGUUCCUCUUUACAGGAGUGUUCUCGACGUGUGCGGCGCAGUUUGUGUUUUAUCAGGGCGCUGGAGCGCAAAAGGCAAUGCUGCUGCCUCUUUGCAACUACUUGGGCAUGAUGCUUGUUGGAGUUAUUCCAUCUGCGGGUUCCAGCGACACGCACCACCCUCGACCAAGUGUGUUGAAGGCAAAGAAGCACGACGACGACUUGGCCGCCACUGCGUUAGCUUUGGCCCUAACGGAGUCCACGAUGAAGCGCGAUGACAUGGAGCUCACUCGACGGCAAGCUGACAAGGAUGCCAGUAGUACCGACGUCAAAGUCAUCGGCUGCGACAAGAUGUCACCGGCUCCAACCUUGACGAUGGCCGACUUGACUGCUCCAUCGAAGCAGGACAACUACUCGACUUGUAUGGGGUCGUUGACUGUCAUGCAAAGUUUAAUUCUGCUCAACAUUCUGUUGGAUUUCGGCGGCUGCAUCUUCGCUAACAUUGGGCUGUCCAUGGCCGGAAGUGGCGUGUUCCAAGUGAUCUAUUCAUCUGUUGUCUGCUGGUCUGCCCUCUUAUCCAAAAUCUUUCUCAACAAGCAGCCGUCCCAGUACGAAUGGCUCGGCAUAGCAAUCGUUACCUUUGGCUUGGCGUUCAGUGCGAUGGGUCAGUCGAACGGCGGACGCAACGCCAGCUAUGUGCUCAUGGGGUGUGUCAACACGUUGAUCGGAGCAGCAUUCUACGGGGGCAACUAUGUGACGGGCGAAUUUAUCUUGAUGCUUCCAGAACGCCCAGAACCGAAAGAUCUGUGCCUGAAGAUGGGCAUCUGCUGCGUUUCGAUCAUUUCCGUGUACCAAAUGUUUUGGGUCCUCCCCCAGUGGACGCACAUCAUCACGGAGCCGGUCAUGCAAGCCAACGGCGACCCGAUCCGCAUCCUGGGGGCGCUCUUCCUCUACACUGUGUCGCAACUCGCACAUGGCUUGACCUACUUUAUGAUGCUCGGGGCGUGCGGCGCCGUCACGACGGGCAUCAUGCAAAGUCUGCGGGCGGUGUGUGUGUUUGGUUUGAGCUCGAUGCUCUAUUGCAGUCACCAAGAAUCGCAGUGCUUUGACGCGAAACGCGGCAUUGCGACGUUGUUUGUCGUGGCAGGCGUCCUGUUUUAUUCGUGGGCAAAGGGUGAGGCAAAGAUCCAGAAACCUGUCGACAGCACGCUCAAGAAGAUGCCCCUUCCCCACAAGAACUGCAUUGUUUAA